AUGGAAGAUUCAAAAAUGCUCAGUUGGUGUUCAGAUGAAGGUUUUUCAUCUAUUGGUGAAGGUAAUAACACAUUUGUUGCUGGUAUUCUUGAAUCACCCACACCGACCCUGUCUGAGUCCAUUGGUGAGGAUGUAGCGGGUGAAGGAGUUGUUGUGAACAGUAUGGAUGAUGGUGCUAAUAUUUUGUGGGAUUGUAUCAACGAGACUGAGUUGCAAAAAUAUAAUUUUCUUAAUCGGCAGGUUGCAUAUGACUUCUACAACUUCUAUGCUAGAGUGAAGGGCUUCUCAGUACGGAAAAGCAAGGUUUUGAGAAACAUUAAACAUGUAAUUGUGCGCCAAGACUUUGUGUAUUACAAGGAACGUUUUCGUGAAGAGAAAAAUAGAAAUAGGAAAAAUCGUUUGCGGGAAACUAAGGUAGAAACAAGAUGUGGAUGCAUUGCAAAAAUGAGGAUUCGAUUGGUGGCUGAGACUGGUAGGUGGCAUGUUGGUAUGUUUGUAGAUGAUCACAAUCAUGCAAUGUUAGAGGGAAAGCAAUCUUCGAUGUUACCAGCACAUCGAAAGUUGGAAGAAGGUGAUAUAGUGGGGUUGAUGAGUAUGCGAAGGGCUGGUAUAAGCACCACUGAAAUAUACAAUUUAAUUGCUGACCAAUCAGGUGGUUUUGAUAAGACAAAUUUUUUGAAGGUGGACAUGUUGAAUCAAAUGACGAAGCAGAAACAGAAGGAGCAGUUUGAUGCAAAAGUUGUUCUAGUGUAUUUGAAGGGUCUUGCAUCCAGUGAUGCCGGCAUGUUCUGGGCACAUAAUGUUGAUGAACAGGGCAAUUUGAAACAAUUGUUCUGGGCAGAUGGGAUAAGUCGAAUGGAUUUCCAGGUGUUUGGAAAAGUUCUUGCAUUUGAUGCAACAUACCGAAAGAAUAAAUACGAAUGUCCCAUUGUUAUUCUUGUUGGAGUGAACCAUCAUUGCCACACUAAUGUCUUUGGAACCACUGUUUUGACCAAUGAGAAAGAGGAAAGCUAUGUUUGGGUACUUGAGCAAUUUUUGGCGGCAAUGAAGGGUAAAGAACCAAGUGUUGUUAUUACAGAUGAUGCUCCUGCAAUGCGGAAUGCUAUUAGUCGAUUGUUACCUAAAGCUCACCAUCGUUUGUGUGCGUGGCACCUUUUACAAAAUGCUCAAAGGAAUGUUGGAGAUCCUAAUUUUGUGAAAGGAUUUAAAAGGUGUAUGUUGGGAAACCUUAGUUUUGGGCAAUUCAAAAUGAAAUGGUUUGAAUUGGUUUGCGACCUUAACCAUGAAGAUAAUGCAUGGGUUCAAGGGAUGUAUGAGAAGAGUCACAUGUGGGCUACAUGUUUGAUGAGGGGAAAGUUGUUUGCUGGUUUUCAGACGACAUCACAUUGCGAAGGUAUACAUUCACAAGUUGGUAGGAUUGUCCGUUCUCGAAAUAGCCUACUUGAGUUUGUCCGGUAUUUUGAGCGUUAUGUGAAUUACAUGCGGUGGAGAGAGGUGGAUGCAGACUACAAGUCAGUGGUAGGUGAUGCAGUUCCGCAGACAAGCGUGCGAGAGCUGGAAAAGUCUGCUGCAGAUGUGUACACAAGGACUGUAUUUCUUAAAUUACGUCCUUGGGUCAAGAGUGGUAGUGUAAUGUAUUGCAAACCAAGUAAGCUUUGGCAUGUUGCACACGAUGAAAGUUUGUCCACCUUUAGAUGUUCAUGUCAGCGGAUGGAGACGUUUGGGCUGCCUUGUGAUCAUAUAAUUGGUGUUUUGGUGCAUCUGGACAUUGAUGUCAUACCAGAGAGUUUAGUCAUGCAAAGAUGGUGUAAGACGGCCAAGUAA